AUGUCGUCCAGCAUCCCCGGUUACGCCGUGCGCCGCAAUAACACUUGCGGCGCCGGUGAGCAAUCCUGCGCCAACACAUGGGGCAGCAUGCACUCCUGCUGCCCAGACGGUUCCUUCUGCUUUGAUUCCAACACCGGCAUCGCCAACAUGAUCUGCUGCCCCAGUGGUCUCAACUGCACCAGUGUUCUGCAGAGCAAUCCAUCCUGUGCCCAACCUAUUUGGGAUCUCUAUAGUUAUGACGGCUUGUUUUGUUGCGAGCAGGAGAACUACGGAUUUUACGUCGAGAAUACCGUCUGGGUCGGCUGCGCCAGUCAAAGUUAUGCCGGCACUGACGAUCAGUUGUUAAGCAUUGUCCAGAGUGGAACAUCAACGACCACUACAACAUCGACAACCACUGCAAUAUCAACAACGUCAUCGACAACGACAUCGGCAUCCGUCGCCACUGACCAGCCGUCCCAUGCCAAAGCCGCGGUCACCGGGAGUGUCGCUUCAGAUAAUUCGUCGCAUACCCCAACCGGGGCCAUCGCAGGGGGUGUGGUCGGGGGAGUGCUCGGUAUCGCUCUGAUGGUCGCCCUCAUCUUCUUUCUCGCCCGACGGCGUUCCAAACGGCCCCAGAAAGAACUGCCAUCGCAAGUGCGGGAGCUUCCCACGCCGUUUUCGAACAAUACUGAGCUACCUGCGACGCCAUCUGGUGGACAAGGCAACUUGUACUCGAGCGAAAAGGGACCUGGCAGUCUGCCGCCGAUACCAUCCAACGCCAGUAGCCGUCCUGGCUUCGCGCCAUCCACCGCCAGCAGUCAUCCCCGCUUCGAACGUCACGAGCUACCGGCGAACUACUGA